AUGUAUUACUGGUCUCGAGGAGAAGAUUCAAUUGCCAAAUUGAUGCAUGAAUUAGAUAUUGGAUCGGAACAUACGAUCGUGGAUUGGAAAAAGUUUUGUCGCGAUGUUUGUGCGGAAUAUUAUGUGCGAAAUCCGUCAAUAAUUGGUGGUGUAGGACAUACGGUGGAAAUUGAUGAGAGCUGUUUUGGUAAACGAAAGUAUCAGCGUGGGAGGCUUCUUUCGUCACAGCAGUGGGUAUUUGGUGGUAUAGAUGUAGAUACCAGAAAAUGUUUUUUGGUACCAGUUGCUCGUCGGGAUGCUCAAACAUUAUUACCAAUAAUACACCAAUUCAUUCUUCCAGGUACUUUUUCUACAAAUAGUCCUGUUACAGUUCAGCAAGCACUUGACUCUUUUAGGUACAACCAUCCACUUCGACGAAUGGAGAGCAUAUCAAUCCCUACAAAACAGCCUUGACUAUACGCAUUUCACAGUCAAUCAUUCAAGAUACUUUGUCGACCCAAUCACAGGUGUUCAUACACAAAACAUCGAAAACACGUGGAUGAAAGCUAAAUGCAAACAAAAGAAACAAUUUGGCAUUCAUCGAUCACUCCUCGAUUCUUAUUUACACGAAUAUAUGUGGAGACAAGAGUUUGGUGAUCGACCGCUGCAGAAUUUAGUAAUGCAAAUAUAUGAAAUGUACCCAUUCCGUUCUCCUUAAUUAUUCUUCGUCUGUUUUUUACAAAUAAAAAUUUCUGUUCUGUUUCUCUUAAUGUACAUAUGUCAUAUAUAUACACUAUCACCAUCUACGACACUCAUCUGUACGGUCAUCUAUUUCACUUUUAAAUCAGCAUCAUUAUCGAUUGAUAUUUAAUCCAAUAACAUUUCUUUUCUG